AUGGCCUGGGCACGGGGAGCCAGGCUGCUGCUGCUGCUGCUAAUUCUGGGGAGAGGUUCGGGAGGGGAGAGGGCCCCUCGAGGAGCCCCCCAGAAGUGGGUGGACCCCCUCUACACCACCGUCCUAGAGGUAGCCAAUGGGGGUCCCUGGGGCGAGUGGGCCUGGCCCGAGAUGUGUCCUCAAGGCUUCCUCGCCAGCGGCUUCUCUCUCAAGGUGGAGCCCCCCCAGGGCGGGUCCCUGGACGACACGGCUCUGAACGGGAUCCGCCUCCACUGCACCCGGGGGAACUCCAAGCUCAACACGCAAGUGGUGGAGUCAAAGUCCGGAAGGUGGGGGUCGUGGUCGGAGCCGGAGUGGUGUCCGGGGGGCGGCUUCCUCCAGUCCUUCUCGCUGCGGGUGGAGGCCCCGCUCGGGCUGGGCGACAACACUGCGGCCAACAACGUGCGCUUCCGCUGCUCGGGGGGAGCCGUGGUGGCGGGGCCCGGCCUGGCCUGGGGUCAGUUCGGGCCCUGGAGUGACCCCUGCCCCAAGGGCAUCUGCGGCCUCCAGAGCAAGGUGGACGCCCCGAGAGGCCUGCGCGACGACACCACCCUCAACGACGUCCGCUUCAUCUGCUGCAGCGGCUGAGGGACGGGGGGUCGGGGGUCCCAGGCCUCCCGACGCCCCCAAUCCUCCCCUUGUCCCGCCCCCCACCGAGCCCCACCUUUGUGAUCAUUAAAAUUCAGC